GACCGCUACCCGAGAUAAUAGGGAUACGGCCGUGGCCCUUCCUCUCCCUCCCAAGUGAUAAGUUGGCAUUUUGGCAAAAAGACAUUCUUAUUUUGCCCACCUACCAACAACCCCCUCUCGAGCGACCACUUCGACCUCCACGAGAAGCGCUAUCCGCUCGCCACCGCCGCGAUGUCGACGCCGAUGCGACAUGGCCCCUCCCAGCAGGGCCGUACGCCCUCCCAGCAGCACCUCGCUGCCACCCCGACGCCUCAGGCCUCAACGCCUUUCUCGAAUCCCCAGACAGCUGCCGCUUUCUCCCCGCGGGGCCCGCGAUCGUCACCACAGCAGUUUAAGAAGUCUCCUGGCGCCUUCCCGACCGCUGCCAUGGUGGGAGGCGGCGGCGGCGGCGGCGCCAACGGUGCUAUGGUUAACUUCGAUAGCCCCAACGCCGCCGCGGCGCUGGGUGCCCUUAACGUUGGAAUUCAUGAUCUCGGCUUCGACGCCAUCGGUGUCGGGGGCCUGGUAGCCCCCAGCGGCCGGACCGACGAAGAGGAUCGCAAGAAGAGAAUGGAGGCGGUCAUAGAUGCGCUGUGGGCUCAAAAUAGCGGAAGGGUUAGUAACCAAGGGUUAGAGAGACUCGCCCUCCACCUAAAUCUGGAGUGCCUGUGGGAGGACGUGAAGGGCGCCGGCGACAACACCAAAACUUUGGUCAUAGCGGGACAAACUAUGGCUGUUGAGGUCGGCAUCACCAAUCACAUCGUCCACGAAGUGUCGAUGGCAUACAGCGACGACGUAGCAAGCGUCAAUAAGCACGUUGACAAAGCAUCCGCCAUCCUCCUCAAGGACCUGUCCCUGGCUCCUGGUCAGAGCCCUCUGACCAAGCGAUUGACGCAGUUCCGUGCGAAUCUCGAGCGUCUGGCCACCCUAGACAAGCUGAGCGUCGGCUUGAACUGCCACGAAGCCAUCGCCGGCAUCUGGGAGACGCUGGAGAGGCUGCACAGGUGGGACGUGGAGAGGCUCCGCGAGGACCCGGCUCUGAGCGGAAUGCCGGAUGAGGCGCUGAGGAUCUUCGCGCUCUGCCUCCGCCACGGCUGUCCCCUGAUGCACGCCCGUGGCCGUAUCGGCCUGAGCUUCGACUACUGGAAAGAGAACCGAAAAUUGCCGUCGACGACGGUAGACGGAGAGGAAUUCCGGACCUGGGGAAUCCUUAUCGAGUGCGCGCGGGCGGCAGCUGGUGACAACCUCUACCAUGGCGCCGUGCGGAUAUCCGACAAGUGGAUCGGUCCCAACAUCGAGAAGUCCAGCCUCACGGACGAGGAGAUGAUCUCGACCACAGGGCCCGUCCUCGAUUGGCUAGAGCCGGCCAGCACCCUUAUCCCGCCCUCUGAAGACAUCAAGGUGGAAGGUGGCCUCGAUAACAGCGUAGCUCUGUCGGGCCCUCGGCCUCCCGAAGUCGUAUUCGUGGCGACCUUCGAUCCCCCAGUUAUCGUCCCCCAUGCGGUCGCAGCGGAGAUUUAUAAGAUAUCUGUCGCUCCCCCGCCACCGCUUCCUGGCAGCACCUUUGACGCCCUUAUGUUCCCUAUCGUGGAUGGGGCGACCUACGACCCUAGUGAGCCUCGUGAGGUCGCGUUCACCCAGAACACCCCGGCCUUCCCCCAGGUGCUCGCGGGCCAGAAAGAACCCGUCUGGAAGGCCCACCGGAAUACUCUGUACAUAUACAAACCUGUCUACGGCCACGUCCUUACCCGGAUGAACUUUGCGCACCCGAAGGACCUAGUUGCGAUGCUACCGCUCCUGAGGCAGUACGCCUUUCUCUCGCUACUGCUCGCGAACAGCCUCAAGCCGAGGGAGGGCGAGCCUGCGACCCCGGGGGCCCCCAAGGAUGCGAGCGACGCCAACAUCAACCUCCGCGUGCCGCUCACGACGCGCGACGAUUUUUCGACCUUCAUGUCCCAGACUAACGACGGCAGCGGAAACUCCCGCGCCGAAGUGGGGGACGCCAGCACUGACACGCUGCGCGUGGACAUCACGCUGACGGCCCACCCGGUGCCGCGGCUCGAGAUCGUGUUCCCGUUCCGGUCGCACACGGCGAACAUCCUGCUGGAGAUCCAGCUCGGCGGCAAGGUCCACAUCGUCUCCGAUAACAUCUUCUCCCGUUCCCCCUCGGAUCGCGCGGCGCCGGGCCGCGAAGGAGGAGGAGGAGGAGGAGGAGGAGGCGAGCACGACCACGAAGCCGCGAGGGAACGGGUGCGCGAGCGGGCACGGUGGGCUGCCGCGCUCGAGACGAUGGAGAACCUCGGCAGCUGGAUCGAGCUCGUCAGGUUCAGGUUGGAGUGAGAUCUCGGG